AUGGAGACCCUCGUCCCCGAGCCCCCGAGGGCUGGGGUAGAGGGCGUUGUGGAUGAGGAGUCGGCGCCAAGGGCGUCGGUGGCGAAGGAAACCCGCGUCUCGGCGCCUGCAGAGGCCCGGGAUGAGGGUGUCGUUGCGGCAAUGAUGGCGCAGGCGCCGCCGGAAAGCAUGGUGCCAGUGGUGCAGCUGCUGCAUAGUAGCGAGGAGUUCGGGGACUCGAGGGACAUUGACCCCUCUGCUGCGGCUGCGGCAAGCGCCGCCGACAAGAUCGCCGAGUUUACAUCGUCCUGCGAGGAGGUGCUCAUCGAGGGGACGUUUGAGGGGCCCCAUCACGGGGCAAUCAUCCAGUCCGGGGUCCCCCCGGAGUUUUUCCACGACGAGCGGGAGGAGGAGGCCGUCUUGCAGGCGCAGAUCGAGGCAGGCUCUCAAAUUCUGAACCACCUCGAUCGCGCCCUGGAGUUCCAUAGGAGGACGGAUUACCAGAUCAGCCAGGCGCUAGAGGAGGAGCUGGCGCGGACCGCCGGCGAGCGUGACGUCAAGAGGGCCGCAGCAGAGCAGAAGGCUCAGGAAGCCGAGGCGCAAACUGCCGAGCUGCAGUGCACUAGGACGACGCUCGAGCAGAAGGAAGCCGAGCUCCAGCAGCUGUGGCAAAGAGUGGCAGACGAGACUGCGGCGAAGGAGGCAGUCAACACGGCGCUCAUGGCGGCGCAGGCGGAGUAUGCUGACCUGGAGCGGACUGCUGUGAGAGGCAUCAAAGGCAAGGUCAAGAAGUAUCUCGCCAAGAUGGACAGGGCUGUGGAUUACGACUUCUACGACGAUAACAACCUACGCUACAUCCUCUUCAAUGAAGAGGCUGCAAUUGGUGAUUUUUUGAUGACAACAACCAUCGGGAGGAACAAGACUCCAGUCCCCUCCCCAGCUGCCGCUGCUGCUCCGCCACCGAGUAGGAGCCCGACCCUUACCGGAGUCCCCAACCGCCCCCACCCAUGGAUCCGCCUCGCUCUCCCCCUCCCUCCACAGUCACGAUGCUAUCCGCCCGGCCAGGCCGCCACUCCCUAUAUAACUCGGCCCUGUCUACCCUGUCAGUCACGCUGGCUCCGUGGCAGAUCGUGCCCGUCCUCCUUGCAUUGCUGCGUUCCCUCUCCUAGCUCUCUCCUCCGAUCCUGCUAUAAACUCGCGCGCCUUGUUGGACCCAAUCAUUGCUCGGUCUCCGUCUCCCCCUUCCUCCUAGAUCUCUCGUCUCAUCCUUCGUCUGACCACCGACGGGUCAGGGGUUUUGUUGUGGCGGCGGCCAUGGAGGAGUCGGGGGUUGUAGUUAGCGGCGGCACCGUGGCGAGCUGGGUGGCGUCCGGGGUGGUGCUGUGGUCGACGGCGUUCGUCCUGCUGCGGGCGCUCUUCCCCAAGCGCUCCUACGACUUCUGCAACCGCGCCGUCUCCACCAUGCACGCCGUCGCCGCCGUCUGCCUGGCCUGCCUCUCCGUCGACGACUGGUCCUGCCCCGUCUGCCCGCUCGCCGCCGCGUCGUCCCCGAGCCAGAUGAGGGCGCUGGCGGUGACGCUCUCGUACAUGGUGUACGACGCGGCGUGCUGCCACCUCAACGGCGACGUGCGGCUGGACAACACGGUCCACCACCUCGUCAGCAUCGUCGGCAUCGGCGCCGGGCUCGCCUACCAGAGGUGCGGGACGGAGAUGGUGGCCAGCCAGUUCGUCUCGGAGAUCUCGAGCCCGCUGCUGCACCUCCGGGAGAUGCUCAAGGAGUUCGGCGUCCGCGACACCGACCUCAACCUCCUCGUCGACGUGCUCUUCGCCCUCACCUUCUCCGUCGCCCGGAUGGGCUUCGGCCCCUACAUCACCUACGCCACCGUGACGGCCGACAACCCCAUCCUCAUCAAGGCGAUGGGGACGGGGCUGCAGCUCGUCAGCGCCUACUGGUUCCUCCGGAUCCUCAGGAUGGUCAGGUACAAGCUCGGCAAGAACAAGAAGAAGCCACCGCCCGCGGCCGCGGCGGGCAAGCUCGCCACCGACUGAUCUACGGCGAUCGUACGCCGGCGGCCUGCAGGAGCCACCGAAGCCCAAGCUUUGCCGACGGCGGAUUAGGAGUUUGAUUCGAUCUGAGACCGAGUGCUGCGCAUACAUACCCGUGGUCUGGGAGGUUCUUGCCUCUGAUCAUGUAAACAGGCUGUGUCCAUUGGCAAGGGCGCCGCAAACUGGCGGCGCGCCGUGCGUGUACUCUAGCAACUGUUAUUGGCAAUACAAAAUUGUCCAGCGAAUUGAAGCUCA